AUGGCCGCCCCUCUAGUUAUCCCCAAAGUCAUCUACGGAACAGCCUUCAAAUUCGACAACACAGCACGUUUAGUCGAGCAAGCACUAAAAGCUGGAUUCCGAGGCAUUGACACCGCUAGCAACAAAAAUGCCUACAGCGAAACCCUUGUUGGCGAAGGAGUCGCAGCUGCCAUAGCCUCGGGCGACGUUUCGCGGGAUGAGCUAUAUAUUCAAACUAAAUUCUCACCUUUCAAAGAAGGAAGAGAUCCAUCCAUCUAUCCAUACAAUGUGACGGCAAGUAUACCGGAGCAAAUAGAGCAGUCCGUGGCGGCAUCGCUGCGUAAUCUGCAAACAAACUACAUCGACUGUUUUGUCCUGCAUUCUGUGUAUCCGAGCAUGGAAGAUACCCUUACGGCAUGGCGCGCGAUGGAAAAACUGGUGCCUUCAAGCGUUCGCUCCUUGGGACUUUCCAACAUCAACGCCGACACACUGCAGACUAUUUAUGAGUUUGCUACGGUCAAACCUAUCCUUGUGCAGAAUCGCUUCACGCAGGAUACAAUCGACAAGCCAACGCCCAAUUUCCCAAAGGAGUUGCCAUACCCAAAGGUGCCGUUUGAUCGAGAUGUCCGCGACUACUGCAGAGUGCAUGACAUUGCGUAUACACCGUGGGGUUUGCUAUGGGGGAAUCCAAGUCUUCUUGAUGACCCGGAAAUAUUUGAGAAGAUGGGUCAGCAGCUUGGAGUCUCGAAACAGGUGGCCUGCUUUGCCUGCUUUUUGCGCCUGAGCAAGUGCAAGACGAAAAUCUUGUGUGGGACUUCUAAAGAAGAAAGGAUGUCGGAGACCUUGGAAGGGCUGAGAAAGAUAGACAGGUUUCUGUCCGAGAGCGAGGGAAACAAGGCGAUAUUUCAAGAAUGGGUCGAUCGUGUAGAGAGGAUUAUUGACUAG